AUGUUCCGUCAACUAUUCGUGCUUGUUGCUAUAUUCGCAGUUUCAUUUGCAACUCCAGUUGCCAAUGUUUACGAACGUAAGGAACUUAUUGAAGGCAGAAUUGUUGGUGGUACAAAUGCACCUUUAGGACGAUUCCCAUAUCAAGUUUCUCUACGAACAACCGCAAACUUCCAUUUCUGCGGAGGAUCCAUCAUUAACAACCGUUGGGUUCUUUCAGCCGCUCAUUGUACUGUUGGACGUGGAGCUACUUCAAUCCGUGUUCUUGUAGGCACAGUUACAUUGAACUCUGGUGGUGUAUCUCACACCAGCUCAAGAAUUGUCAAUCAUCCUAACUAUAAUGCUAAUACCAUUGCUAAUGAUGUGUCAGUAGUUCAAACCGGAACAACAAUUGGAUUCAAUGCUAAUGUAGGAGCAGCCGCUCUUGGAUCAGCUCAUGUUGGUGGUGGUGUAAGUGCAAUCGUCACUGGAUGGGGUGGAACUACUGUUAGUGGGGGACCAUCACCAAACAACCUUCAACAACUUACUACAACAACAUUAACAAACGCUGAUUGUCGUGCCCGUCACACCGCAAAUAACCGAGACUUCGUUUUCGAUCACAAGAUUUGUACAUUCACAAGAUCAGGUCAAGGAAUUUGUCAAGGAGACUCAGGCGGCCCAUUGGCUACAGGCAACACUGUCAUUGGUAUUGUCUCAUGGAACAUUCCCUGCGCCCGAGGAUUCCCUGAUGCUUUCGAUCGUGUUUCAAGCCAUCGUUCAUGGAUCCUCGGUGCUAUCUCCUAA